AUGGAGGUCAAAGUAAUAGAGGGCCUCGGGGCAGAACGGGCUGGGACAGCCGGUGGAAGGGCUUCUGUGCCGGGUGUCUCGCCCUCGGGGCCUACCGGAGUUACCUGGCCGGCUCUAGAGCUGCAGUGCCUGCGUCGAGUGAGAAAGGCUCCGGCAGGAGCUGCUUGGUGGUUAUUGGAAAGCUCGUCAAGUGGAAAGGCUGUUUCUGACUUGCCCAUAAGGCAAAUCCAAUACUUAAAUAGAACAGCAGCGCGCAAUGCCAGUGGAGGAGCCUUAUUUGUGCACAGAGAUAGUCCGGAAAAUAAUCCAAAUACUCCAUUUGAGUUCACACCUGAAAACCAGAAGCGAAUAGAAGCGAUCAUAAACAACUACCCAGGGGGACACAAGUCUGCAGCUGUCAUGGCAGUACUAGAUUUGGCCCAAAGACAGCAUGGAUGGUUGCCCAUCUCAGCUAUGAACAAGGUUGCUGAAAUUUUAGAAAUGCCUCCCAUGAGAGUGUAUGAAGUAGCAACCUUCUAUACAAUGUAUAAUCGCAAACCUGUUGGGAAAUACCAUAUUCAGGUCUGCACUACCACGCCUUGCAUGCUGCGAGACUCUGAUAGUAUUUUAGAAGCCAUUAAGAAGAAACUUGGUAUAAAAGUUGGGGAGACAACACCUGAUAAACUCUUCACGCUGAUAGAAGUGGAAUGCUUAGGUGCUUGUGUAAAUGCACCAAUGGUACAAAUAAAUGACAACUACUAUGAAGAUUUGACACCCAAAGAUAUUGAAAACAUAAUUGAUGAGCUAAAGGCUGGAAAAGUUCCCAAACCUGGCCCACGGAGUGGACGUUUUUCUUGUGAGCCAGCUGGUGGCCUUACUUCUCUGACUGAACCACCCAAAGGACCAGGUUUUGGAGUUCGCCCUGACCUCUAAGGAUUUUUGUAAUAUAAGAUGAACUGUCUGAAUAUAAUAAAGUAACUUUAAUCUCAGUAAAAUUA